AUGGCUUCUGUCAGACCCAUAUUAGUUAUUGUCAGUGGUUGCAUUAUGAUAUUGGCUUUUAUACUUUACGUCGUCAGUAAUGCUCUACCAGAAUGGGGUGUAAGUGAAUCUCAAUCGGAAAAAGCCACUAUAGGUCUAUGGCGUGCAUGUAUAUCGAUUAAUGGACCAACACAAUGUGGAUAUAUCAUAUCAGACUGUAAAUUAUAUAGGGGUCAAGCUAUUCAAAGAUGCCACAAAAUGAUGGCAGCUAGAGUAUUUGUAACAAUUGCUUGCAUUCUAUCAGCACUAUCUGCAGUGUGCAUUUUCACAUAUAUCAUUAUAAAAACAGAUGCGAAUCAAAUUAUAUUUAUGAUCAGCAAAGUUCUUCCAAUUUUAUCGUUUAUUGCUGGCGCUAUUGGACUAGCUGUCGGUAUUGCUUUUAUCACACCCUCAGAUAGCAUUAAAUUAAGUAGUGCCACAUUUGUUGAUAUUGUUGCUGUGACUAUAAAUGUAAUUGGCGCUAUUUUAACUGUAUUGAUUCGAUGA